UGCUCGGUGUGGGGAGGAAACAGGAAGAAGGAGAUCAAAGGGUACAAAGUUGCAGAUAUAUAGGAUAAAUAAUUUAGAGAUCUAAGCUACAACAUGAGGACUAUAGUUAGUAACAUUGUAUUCAGGAUUUUUGCUAAGAGAGUAGAUUUUGGGUGCUCUUGCUACAGUGCACAAAAAAGGGUAACUAUAUGAAAUAUGGAUAUGUUAAUUUAUUUGACUAUUUAAAAAUUUUACUACGUGACAAAAAUUCUGGAGUUGAAAAUGAAAAAUUAAAGAGGAGUUCAACAGCAUAUUUGAACUGACAGAAGAAAAAAUCCACAAGCUUGUAAACAGGUUAAUUGAGAUUAUCUAAUCUAAGCAACAGAAAUAAAAAAGAAUGAAGAAAAAUGAAUAUAACUUUAGAGACCUGGGGGACACCCUCACGCUACCAGUCUUCACAUAAUAUGAGCCCUAGAAGGAGAGGAGACAGAGAAAAUGGAAGAAAGAAUAUUUGAAGAAAUAGUGGCCAAAAACUUCUGAAAUUUGAUGAAAAACUGUAUCAAAACUGCAUAUCCAAGAAGCUCAACAAUCUCCAAGUAGAAUAAACCUCAAGACCAAGACACAUCCUAGUCAAACUAUCAAAAGCCAAAGACAAAGAAUCUGGAAAGCAGCAAGUGAAGUGAUUCAACCCACAUACAGCCCUCCUCAGACCAUGACUUCCUAGAACCAUGCUCCUGGAACCAAUGCCAACAGAAUCUGAGGUAACAAUCACUUGUGAGUCAUCAACAGCACUGCCCUAUCAGGGAAGUCAAAGACGGAAAAGGAACUCUUUCAGACCUUUCAAGUGCCCCCUCCUUUCCUUAAAGUCUUUUAUAGGGGACUCCUUCUUAGAGUCGCCAUCCUGUGAGUCAGGUCUGAAAGGGCACAGAUAGGUCACAGUCAGCAUUGUUGGGGCAGGCCUGCAAGCAGCGUCAUCGGGGAUCUCACAUGACAAUGGCCGCAUGUACCCUCUGAGGGCUACAGGACCUACCCCGUUGGCAAGCAGCUAAGCAGUAAGUAACCGUUGGCUUUAGAUUGUAUAGUAUUUGUUCUAAGCAUAAGGUAAUAUAUAAUAUUUUCCUUAAAAAGAAGUUCCUAGUCUUACAGUAUAACUGAAAACUAGGCAUGUUUCUUUAAUGCGCAUUUUUAUAGCUAUACAGAUACACAUCUACAGUUUUAUGUUGUACUUUAUAUCUUAACACACAUCUACAUAUUUGAUAUGGUUCUUGUUUUCUUUCUUUCUUAAAGAAAGUUCAGUGUUCACUUGAGAAAAACUUGGAGGUGAAUUUUUUCCAACAUCCUAACCCAGUAGAUGCCCAUUCAUCCAGCUGCUAUUUUCUGAACACCUAUCCUGUGGCAGGACGUUUCGCGGGAUGCCAGACAUAGAGAUGGAAGAUGAGGUGUUUCUAGCGGGACAGAAAGUGCUCAUGCUCAGUCUGAGCUUAGGAGAGACUGCCUGGAGGAGGUAUCUGAGUGCUGAAGGAUUCGCUAGGUGAACUGAAGUGAGCUUGGGCAAGGCUAUCCAGGGAGAGGGGGCCAGCAAGACAUGGAAGUGAGGGAGGACCUCGCAUAUUGGACAGAUUCCAGGCAAAGAGCCAUACAACACAGAAAAUCAAAUUUCCAAAACGCAGUUAAAUUCAGUUCAAUUCAAACAACAUUUUCACCAGUUCCCUCCUAUAUAGACGGCUUUAUAUUAUAAUAGCUCCUGGGUUACAGAGACGUCAGGAAGACAUGUCUACACCUAAUUUCAAUCAAGUCUGACAAGUAACAGUGGAGUAACAGACAGAUAGCAUUGCGGAGGUGGCGAGGAACUUUGUCUGGAGGGUCCGAGUGGCUUUCAGAGGGGAAGGGAUGAACAGGAAUUCAAGCCCACCAUAGGAGGAAAAGGUGCUCUCAGUAGAGGAUGCGGCAUGUGCUUCAGCAUCCAGGCAGGAAACUGGAGGCAGGGUGCCAAGAGCUGAAUAGAGCUCAUUCAUACUGGGCCUUAGAUUUGGAGUUGGGUGCAGGCUGGGUAGGAAGGACAGGGAGAAGCAAGCUGGAGUUGGGCUGCACAGGGCCUUCCUAGGGCAUUCAGCUUUGAUCGUUGGGCUACAAGGUCUUUGAAGGUGUGUGAACUGAUGUGAUAGGACGAGAAAGUGUUUUAGAAAACACCUGUAGGGCUACAGUGCGGGGGCAGAUAAGAGGGUAAGAUUAAUACAGAGAGCAGCGAGGCUGUUUCAGGCAUCCUGGCCUGACCCGGCUGUGGUUGGGGAGAUGGAACAGGGGCAUGGUUUCAAGAAAUGUUAAGGAUCUCAGCUAGGCGGGCUUGAUGGUUGAGGAGAGAAGUCUGGUGAGGGAGAGGGAAAGGUCAAGGAUGUGCCCCUGGUUCUGGUUUGUGUGACUUGACGGAUGGUGAUGCCACCAGCUCUCCACAGCCUAGCCACUGUCUCUUCAUACGGUUGUGCGCGUGCACACACACACACACACCCAGUUGUGUCUUUUCUCCUCCUCCACUCCCUGAUCCUAAACCAGAAAUGGAAAAACACAGAGAAAGCCCUGAAAAUUUCCCCAAAAGGUCUCAUGGAUGAUGGAUCAGUGAGGUCCACUGAGUGAGGGCCAGACCCUGGCAACUUCCUCGAGAAAGCACAAAAUGGAAAACAACGCUCUCAGCAUGUGCAUGCACUACUUAUCUGACAACACAGCUCUUUCCUGCCCCCUAACCACCUUCCUAUGUCCAGUGCUUUUUCUCAUCCCUCGAUUCAUGUUUGUAGUUACAGGGAUUGUUACAGAUAGUUCUGCUAUCUGAUUCCUCAGAUAUAAUGGCAAUGUUUGAAGAUCUUUCUCCUUCUCUCCCUCCCUCUCUGUCUUUUUCUUUUCUUUUUUUUCUUUUCCUUCUUUCUUCUCCCCAGCUUUUAUUUUAUUGUGAAAUAUACUGUAUUGACUGGGGUACAUAAAAUAUCCAUGUACCGCUUAACACGCCUUUAUAACAACACACAUGAAACCGCCACCAAGCAAAGAAACAGAAUGCUGCUAGCACUGCAGAAGCCCCUCUCAAGCACUCACUUAAUCACAAUCCUUAGUCUCACCUCCUCAUCCCACACCCCAAAUCCUCCCACACCAGCAACUAUUACUCUGACUUUGGGACUCACUUCCUUGCUUUUCUUUCUGUGUUAACACUGAAGUAUGUUCCCCCAGACCAUGGCAUUUAGUCCUGCUUGUUUGGAACUUCAUUCUUUGAAAUUCCCUGAUCCUGAUUCUCUCUUUCAGCAGAGUGUUUAUAAGAUUCACUCAUGCUGUUGUAGGCAGCCAUGCUGUCUGCCAUGUGGAUAUAGCGCCAUUUUUUAUUCCACUCUAUUGGGAUGGUCACUGGAUUGUUUCCAGAGUUGAGCUCUUAUGAGCAAAGCUCCUCGAACACACUUGUACAUGUGUCCUAGUCACAGUUCCUAAGUUUCCUCAGGGUUUAUAUCUGGGACUGGAGUUGCUGGGUCAUCUGGUGUCUUUCUUAUUAUUCCAUAUUACUCAAUAUUGCGUGAGGGUCUUCUUGUUCCAUGAUCCUGGCAACAUUCACCAUUGUCUCUCACCUUUUUGUUUUAAACCACUUUUCCCAAAAUAAACUCCUCUCCUAAUAUACACUGUCCUCCUCCCCUCUGAGGUCAGUGGGCCUAUCUUCUGUGUCCCAGGCUCGUAAUAGAGGACAUUCACAUGUGAGCAUGACCAUAGGCAGACAGGAACAAUUCCCAAGUGAGUACACCAAAACCUAAAUUCAUUCAGGUUGACUGAACAAACAUAAAUUCUUCUUGGCCUCGUCAUGUCACACCUGUGUGUUCUGAUACCCUAGUUGAGAGCCACUGUCCUUCUUGGCUGAGCGUCUAUGUUUUUAGCAGCCUUGAGCUUGAAUGUACUGACUGCCUCUCUAGCUCAAAGCCAUGACCACCCCACAUGUUUCUCAACCAAAGCUUGUCCCUCACAAACACCACCAUGGGGACAAAGAACGGUGAUUACAUUUUCUCAAAUCCAGUACUACAGAACCAAGGGCCGUCCCUUGGCAUGUGAUACUCACAGACCUUUCUUCUCUGCUCCCCCUACAGGGUCUGACCAGCCGAUCUGGACCUGGCCAAGGGUCCUGUCAUCAUGGCCACCCCACCAUUCCGACUGUUAAGGAAGAUGUUUUCCUUCAAGGUGAGCAGAUGGAUGGGGCUUGCCUGCUUCCGGUCCCUGGUGACAUCCUCUCCCAGUGUUCGCCAGAAGAAACUAAUGCACAAGCUGCAGGAGGAAAAGGCUUUUCGCGAAGAGAUGAAAAUUUUUCGUGAGAAAAUAGAGGACUUCAGGGAAGAAAUGUGGACUUUCCGAGGCAAAAUCCGUGCUUUCCGGGGCCAGAUUCUGGGUUUUUGGGAAGACGAGAGACCUUUCUGGGAAGAGGAGAAAAGCUUCUGGAAAGAGGAAAAAUCCUUCUGGGAAAUGGAAAAGUCUUUCAGGGAGGAAGAGAAAACUUUUUGGAAAAAGUACCGCAUUUUCUGGAAGGACGAUAAGGCCUUCUGGAAAGAGGACAAUGCCUUAUGGGAAAAAGACCGGAACCUUCUUCAGGAGGACAAGGCCCUGUGGGAGGAAGAAAAGGCCCUGUGGGUAGAGGAAAGAGCCCUCCUUGAGGAAGAGAAAGCCCUGUGGGAGGAUAAAACGUCCCUCUGGGAGGAAGAGAAUGCCCUCUGGGAAGAGGAGAGGGCCUUCUGGGUGGCGAGCAAUGGCCACAUUGCCAGGGAGCAGAUGCUCGAAGAGCUCAACAACGCCAACAGAGGGCGGCGCUCGCUGGCCUUCUCCCGAGGCAGGGCGUAGCCAGCAUGCAGGUGCAGGGCCCUGUGGUCCAGACUCCCCUGGGUUGGGAUUCAAGUCCAGGGUGAACUCAUGUGCUGGAGAAAAAAACACACUCAUUGGUCUCCUUGUUUUGAAAGAUCCAAUAAAGUCCUGAGACAAGGUUUGGAAAUCCAACUU